UUUGUGCAUGUGUUUGUCUUUAUUGUACAACAGUACUGCUUUUAUAAAGAGGGGUUGUUAAAUGAGAGCCUCUGAAUCCAAUUUUAACGACCAUUGAACGACAUGUCCUGAUUUGCGAUGGACAAGUAAACAAGCGGUGUCUGUGAGAAACACGUCGACGAGUCGAAAGAGAGCAACACUGAGGCCAUCGACUUCUUUGGGAUGUUCGUGACAAUGUCCUCCUUCCAGGGAGUUCGGCAAUUAAAGGUUUUGAAGCUCCUAUGGUUGGAUAGUUGGAUACAUAUGAACGUCCCUCCAUUGACUCCCUUCUGCACCAAAGCAAAUAAUCUCAAGAAGCCCGUCAGAUAUACAAGUAUAACAGCACAACUGGAUCCAAUAAAGAGACUCUUUCUCGAAAAGAUAAGGGAAUACUCUACAAAGAGCCAAUCCUCUGGUGGCCCUGUAGAUGCUGGACCAGUUUAUGAGAAAGCUUUAAAUGAAGAACUAAGCAAACUCCAGAGACUCUAUGGGAGUGGAGACUUAACCAAGUUCCCAGAAUUUAAGUUUUCUGAGCCUGUACUGGAUGAAAGCAGCUCAAAAUGAAAAUCACACAUUGCCAUAGAAGUAUGUCAUUUAUGAUGUGUUUUAGGAGGCACUAAUAUUUGAUUAUAAAUACCUAAACUAUUUGCAGUUACAGACCUGCACUCUGUUAAAAAAACAAGAAAGGAAACAAAAAAUAAUAAAGUAAUUAGAACUUUAACAUUCACACUGUGCCUUAUUAAUUUUUUCACGCUCCGAAUGACCUUUUAUAAUUUUAUAUUUUUUUUAAUUUACAAUUUUAUAACAUUCACGUUACACUGCUCCACUGAAGUCUCAAGGGGCGAGCACUUUUCCCUAUACCGUUAUGUCUCCUCCCAUCUCAUAAAUAUUCAUGAGCAAAGUUGCCUGCGUGCCGUUACGCUAUGACGACAUGGAAGAACUGCGGGUCCCGAUUGCUGCAGCCGCUUGUCAUUGUGACGAAGAUUGGCACUAAGUUCAGUGGAGCUGAAGAGCAGCUUUAUAGAAUGCCCAAGAGCUGUCCACGGCAACAGUAACUAUGAUGACAUCCCCAUCGGUGUCCAUGGAGGAUUACCAAGAGGCUGAGCAGAUGCAAGAAGAACAGACGGCGGGACAAGUGGAGGAGAGGUUGGAGGAAGAGGAGGAGAGAGAGGAAGAGGAGGGCAGCUCAGCGCCGUCUGAACCACAGACUCCUAUGGAGGUCUACAAGACGGCUAUUUACAGACACCCCUUGUUCCCCUUGCUGGCGCUGCUCUUUGAGAAAUGUGAGCAAUCGACUCAGAGCUCGGAGUGCGUGACCUCGGCCAGCUUCGAUGUGGAUAUCGAGAACUUUGUGCGAAACCAGGAGAAAGAAGGCAAGGCUUUCUUCAGCGAGGACCCCGAUUUGGACAAUCUGAUGGUGAAGGCCAUCCAGGUGUUACGGAUUCACCUGCUGGAGCUGGAGAAGGUGAAUGACCUGUGUAAAGAUUUCUGCAGCCGCUACAUCGCCUGCCUCAAGACCAAGAUGAACAGCGAGACGCUGCUCAGCGGAGAGCCAGGAAGCCCCUACUCCCCAACACACACACAGCCGCUGAGCUCGUUCUCUGGAGCCAUGAGUCCUCAAGGUAUUGUAGUACCAGCGUCGGCUUUACAACAAGGCAAUGUUACUGUCACCGCUGUAAACCCCACACAGGUGGUCACAGGUGGGACGGUGUAUCAGCCUGUUACAGUUGUCACUCCACAGGGGCAGGUGGUCACACAGACUCUGUCACCUGGAACAAUACGCAUCCAGAACUCACAGCUUCAGCUGCAGUUGAACCAGGAUCUAAACUUCUUCAGUCAGGAGGACAACUCGUCUAAAGCUAAGAGAGGCAUCUUGCCCAAACACGCCACCAGUGUCAUGCGUUCUUGGCUCUUCCAGCACAUCGGUCACCCCUAUCCUACAGAAGAUGAGAAGAAACAGAUCGCCCUGCAGACCAACCUCACCCUGCUGCAGGUUAACAACUGGUUUAUUAAUGCACGGCGACGGAUCCUUCAGCCCAUGCUGGACGCCAGCUCCUCGGACACACCCAAGAACAAAAAGAAGACGCCCCAAACGCGGCCCCUACAGCGCUUCUGGCCCAACUCCCUCGCCGCCUCUGUGUCCCAGCAACAGGUCACCAUGGAAGAUGGUACCACAGUAACAGUCGGUGUGGGUGAGGACGGCCUCCAGACGCUCUCCUCAGACGGAGCGACGCUGGCCAUGCAGCAGGUCAUGAUGGGAGGUCACAGUGAGGAGGAGGAUGAGGAGGAUGAAGAUGACGAAGAGGACGAGGACAAUGAUCCUUCCCACUCCGACAUGACCAGGCUGGGCCUGGAGACCAGCGACUCUCUGUAGUAGGACUGAAGCACUCACACACACACACACACAGUGACUUUAGUAAGGCACAUCAGAGCACUAAGAAGAAAGAGACGUUCACACAGACACCUCGGCUGACGUGUUGAAGGUCACAGAACGUCCUCAAGCUGUCAAACAGCUGGUCUGAAGUACAGAGAAAGGGCUUAAAGCCACACACACACCGCCACAACCCAUACACACUCAAGCACAAGUCUCACACACAUCAUUUCCGACGCAGUUAGCCGAGUGCACUUUUUGUAUGAUACUGUAAACUUAAAGAAAGUGUUCAAAGCACAUUCUGAAAGAGCUAAAAGGAAGGAAGAAAAAUAAAAUGUUGACGCUGGAUUAGAUUUGAUUGUAGUUAUACUACAACAAUGAGAUUUCAGCUCUUUGCAUGCCUGUGUUUGCACCGAGAAAAAAAAGGAACUAUUUUUAUAGCACACUGUCACACGUGAUCGGUGCCAAUUUGUCUGUUUUCUCCUUUAGUUUGUUUUGCUCUGUUUUGUAAGGAGAAUUUAUGUAUGAAAAAGACAAAAAAACACUUUUUACGCGCUCACCCUGUUUUGGAGGGGAUUGUGGUAACUACUUAGUACAAAGAAUGAAUAUCCGCUGAAGGCAUAGACUAUGAAGCCUUACCUUUUUACAUUUCUAACGCCACAAUGUGAGACACGCUCAUAUUUAUGGAAGUUUACUUCCACCACAGAAUUAAAACAACAUUUAAAAGGUAAUCUGGACUUUUUAUCUCACACUUCGGACUAUUUUACGUAGAAUUGUGAGGUUAUAUGUCACAAAUCGGAGUUUAUAUCUCGCAAUUCUGUUUUAUUUUCUUGCAGUUCUGAGUUUAUAUCUUUUCCCGAGGAAAAAGAGGUCUGAAUUGAAGUCUUAAUUGUGAGAUAUCAACUCAAAAGAAAAGAGUAAGUAAGUUAAAGUUAGAAUUAUAAGGCUAAAAAGUCAGUUUGCUUUCUUAAUUCCAUGGUGGAAUAAAAAAAAAAAAGAAUCUUCUACACAUAUGAUGUCACUUCCUGUGCGGUCGGCAUGGAUACCGUGUCCAAACAUGAUAUGUUUGCAAGGUUGUGAUAAUGUUUAUGUCAUGCAAUGCCUGUUAUUGUUGUAUGAGAAGAAAAUGUGCUUUUUAAUGAUUAUAUUGCCAAAACUCCAACUGAAGUGAAACCAAGAAGGACGUCAACAAGACUUUGUAUUUAUGUUUUUUUUUUUUUUUUUGGCAAAGGGACUCACCGUUGAUUUAUGACAGAUUUCUUUUUUUUAUUCUGUGUUGUUAUGGACAGUUCAUAUAGAGUUUUUUUCUUUUUGUGGAUAAAACUAAUGUUUUCAAUAUUUAACAAUUGAUUGCAUGCGUUUUCAUUUAUUGUAAAGAGACAUACAACAUGAUUUUUGAAACAUAACAUAUGCUCACAAUAGAAACACAUAUCUAUCCGUGUAAACCCAGUGAGACUGCUACAGUCGAGCUGUUAGUAACCUCUUGAUGGUAUAUUUAACAAAAAAGCCAAUAUAAUAUAUAUUACAAUUUCCUCCAUUUCCAGCCGUCACUCAGUCCUGUUUUCUAGUUCUUUAGCGUGUUCAGUAUGUGCUGUAGGCUGUCUGUACUGAGCGGCUCAUCAUUUGCGGCAGUAGUCUUGUGAUGAAUAACCCGAGAGGAGAAACUCAGUUAGCUUAGCACGGGGAGGUUUAAACACUGCCUUUUUCUCUUUGCUUCUAUAAUCGCUUCUGUCUCUCACACAAACACACAGAUAUGCCUUUCAGACUCUUCAUUUUGUAAUAAAGAACACUGUACCUGAAGGAA